GCUACAAUCACAUCUAACUACUGAACGAACUUCAGACGUGAGCGAUAGGAAAACAUCUGAGGGUAUCAUUUUGUUAAAAGGAUUUUAUUUCGCUUCAAGCAGACAAGUCUGUUUGCAGCCACUUCCAAUUUUCAAUGUAAUGAGGGCUGAUGAUCGCUUAGAAAUGGAGGUUAAAAAAAAAAAAAAAAAAAACACUACAUGAAGCCAAACUUAUUGCAACCAAUGAGGGCAUUUGACGAGAACUCUCUGACCAGAAGUUCUCACAUUCCAUGACAGAGCCUGGGAAUAAGAUUAAUAAGAGUGCGAGAGAGACCAGCCUGACCUUCAUCUCGCCAUUCCACUUUUUCUCCUGAGACAAGACCAGGCACUUGGUCAUUUCGAAGGAUCCCUCACACUUAAUGAUUGAGUUGCUUGGAAGUGGUUGCACAGGCUCAGUCUGGGAGCUGUAUUUCUUUUUUUACACGUUCCAUACAUCACAUGGCCCUGUGAUGUCACACAACCUCCUUGAACCAGAGAGCGACUUUUUGAUGACCAUCAGCAGACAAAGAGAAAUCGCCGAGUUGGGAGUCCGAUUGUCUUCAUCGUCUCUGUCCAUUUCCAGAUCAUUAACUCUAUUCGGGGCGGAGAAACUCUCAAUACCGGUGUCAUUGCCGUAUGAAGAGAUCCUAAUAUCUGGUGCUGUGGACAUAGGUGGAGCAUCACAGAGAAAAAAGUCACAACAGGCUUUUACAGCCAGGACCCCCAGUCAAAAGGAAACCAAAGUGUCGAAAAGGUCUGCAGCACCCACCACCCUACAGGGGCAGCAUAAACCUUCUUCCCAAGGGACAAAACCAAGAGCGGUGUGCAGUGACUCCGUCAAGGAGGAGAGCAAAGGACAGCAGAUCAUCACGCAGCAGGUCAUGGGGCAGCAGAUCGUCGGGCAGGAGAUCGUCAAACAUCCUCAAGCGGCUGGCCCGCCCAACACCCAUCAGAAAGGCUCUCCGCAAAAAAAGCCCAAACCCAGAAUGACGCCCAAAACAAACACUGACAAUUUCACCUGUACGUUAGAAGACUGUAUGUAUCAUAAAUCCACGAAUCAGUUUGAGCCGGACAAGAAAUUGGAGGCAGUCAGAACCGGUGCAGGGCCAGCAGUCCAUAAGUACCGGGGUGUUAAAAAACCUGAGCUAGGCCCUGGAUCUGAGAUACGGAUCCCGUAUAGACCCAAAGGAGGGAUGCUUUUUGAUCCAGAACUAAGGUAUAGUCCACGACUAUGAUGUGUAGCAUUUGAUUUCAUUUCAAAUCGAUCAUCUUUCGAAAUAAAGUGAGUGUGAGAACAAAUGGUCUACAAUCGAUGGAAAAGAGGAAGCUUGCUGCAUCGAAAAUGCAACUCCAAACACUGAAUGGGAUUUUUUUCUGUGAGAUUGUAGCAGGUGUGUGCUACAGGUGUUUUUUUUAGUUGUUAAAAAAAAAACAUUUGUAGCUCACGCAUGUGGCUAGAAUAUCGAUAUCACUGAAUAUUUUAUAAUUGUAUGUGUCUCAAGUGGCACAGAUAGUAUGUAAGACUGGAGUUCCCUCAAGCUUUGUGCUUAUCUACACCCUAUGGACAGUAUCAAAUCUUCAAAUCAAGUUUGUACAGAUUGUAUAUAUUUUUUUCUUUGUUUUUGUUAAAGAUAAAAUCUCAAAAUGCUCAUAUCGUUCAUCCAGAUGAUAAAACUUCUCCAGAAAACUGUAUAUUUAUUGGGACUGAGUGAAAGGCAUAAGUUGAAUUUUCCAAUAAAAAUAUACAGA